ACUUCUUGGAAGGUGGAAGACAGGAAAUGCAUACUUUUCUCUAGUGAAUACUCUUUCUUUUUUACUUCCGUUGACUAUAUGAACAAGAAUGAAAUGUAACGAUCGCCAAAAAAAAUCUUGCAUUGUGCUUAGCUAAAUAUGGCUAUCCCUUCUUCUUCCUCUUCUAAUCCUUGGAAAUACGAUGUGUUCUUGAGUUUUAGAGGCGAAGAAACUCGCACUAACUUUACAAGCCAUCUCUAUCACGCUCUUUGCAGCAAAGGAAUCAACGCUUUCAUCGAUGACAAGAUUGAGAGAGGAGAAGAGAUUACGUCAGCGAUUGUCGAUGCAAUCAAAGGAUCAAGAAUUUCAAUUGUCGUUUUCUCUCAAGAUUAUGCAUCGUCGUCUCAUUGCUUGGAUGAAUUGGUGACAAUGAUGUUUGCUUGUAAUGAAUUGAAAGGGCAUGUGGUUCUACCUAUCUUUUAUAAGGUGCUUCCAGCUGAUGUAGGGAAGCAGACUGGAACGUUUGGGAAAGCAUUGGAUAAACUUGUAGCUGAUGUUGGGAAUUCGGAGAAGGAGAAAAGGUGGAGAGAAGCUCUUGUUAAAGCUGCUAAAUUGGCUGGAAAUCCCUUGCAUAAUGAGGAUGAGGCUAAAUUUAUUCAGAGCAUUGUUGAGAAUGUAUCAACUAAACUGAACCGCAAAUUGUUACCUGUUCCACAGCAUCCUGUUGGCUUAGAAUCCCAUGUGCAAGAGGUGAUACAUAUGUUAAGCAUUGGGGUAAGAGAUGUUCUCAUGGUAGGGAUAUGUGGAAUUGGUGGAAUAGGCAAGACGACUCUUGCCAAAGCCAUUUAUAACAGAAUUGCUAAUCAAUUUGAAGGCAGCUGCUUUCUUGAAAAUGUUAGAAGAACGUCAGAGCAAUAUGGUGUUGGUCAACUGCAGGAAACCCUUCUUAUUGAGAUGUUAAGAGAUAAAAAUGUAUCGUUGGGCAACUUUGCUAGAGGAAUCAAUUGCAUACAGGAGAGGUUAAGCAGGAAAAGGGUUCUUAUUGUUAUUGAUGAUGUGGAUGAUGUUGACCAAUUGGAAAAGUUAGCUGCACUAAAUUGUUUUGGUUUGGGAAGUAGACUCAUUAUCACAACUAGGGAUAAACAUUUGCUAGUUUUCCAUGGAGUGGAAAGAAUACAUAAGGUUGACGAAUUAUCUCCUGAGAAUGCUCUUGAGCUUUUUAGUCGGAAUGCAUUUAAGAAACCACAGCCUGCAGAAGAGUAUUCGAAGCUUGCCCAGUGGAUAGUAAAUUAUGCUGAUGGUCUUCCAUUAGCUCUUGUUGUGCUGGGCUCUUUUUUGUAUCAAAGAAAGGUGCUUGAAUGGGAAAGUGAAAUAGCUAAACUGAAACAAAGUCCCAACAAAAAGAUAAAUGAUAUACUCAAAAUAAGUUAUGAUGGCUUGGAGCCUUACCAGAAAGCCAUUUUCCUUGAUAUCGCCUGUUUCUUUAAAGGGAUGGACAAAGAUGCAGUGAUAAAAAUUCUAGAUGCAUGUGGUCUCAACCCAGAUAUCGGAGUACCAGUUCUCAUUGAGAAGUCCUUGAUAAGCAUAGAAAACAAUAAAAUACAUAUGCAUGCUUUACUACAAUCAAUGGGCAGGGAAGUUGUUUGCCAGGAGUCUUCCAAUCCUAACAGGCGCACAAGAUUGUGGUUUCAUGAGGAUGUUCUUCGGGUACUGACAGGAAAUACGGGAACAGAUGACAUUGAAGGUAUAUUGCUGGACCUACCUGAACCUAAAGAGAUACAGUUGGAUGCUGAAGCUUUUAUGAAGAUGAAAAGUCUUCGAAUACUAUUAAUACGCAAUGCACAUAUUACUGUUACUGGAGGCCCUAUGGAUCUCCCUAAUGAAUUAAGGUGGCUUGAAUGGCCCUCAUGUCCUUUGCAAUCAAUGCCAUCUGGAUUUUGUGCGAGAAAACUUGUUGGACUUAACAUGCAUCGUGGCUGCAUCAGGCAAUUUGGAGAGGGAUUCAAGAAUUACAACAAUUUGAAAUUUAUGGAUUUGAGAGACUGUGAAUCCUUAGUAGAAACCCCGGACUUCUCAUUCAUCCCAAAUCUUGAGAGGUUGAAUCUUGGAGGUUGUUCAAAUUUAGUUGAGGUUGAUGAAUCUGUUGGAUAUCUUGAUAAACUUGAGUUAUUGAGCUUUGAGUUCUGCCAUAACCUAAGAAGUCUUCCUAGUAGGUUCAAACUGAGAUCUCUUCAAACGCUUCUUCUUACUGGAUGCACAAAACUUGAGGCUUUUCCAAUUAUUGUAGAAAAGAUGAAAUUGCUGGAGAGAGUUUGUCUAAAUGGAACUGCAAUAAAAGUUCUUCCUCCAUCAAUUGAAAAUCUCACUGGACUUAAAGUCUUAACUCUGACAUAUUGCAAAAACCUAACCAUUCUUCCGAGUAGCAUUUAUAAGUUGGGACAUCUUAAGCUUCUGCUUCUUGAAGGUUGCUCAAGACUUGAUGAGUUUCCUGUGGCUCUUGGUAGCCAUUCUUCAUCAGGAUUUCCAAUGUUAAGAUGUCUGGAUCUACAAAAUUGCCAUCUUCUGGGAAUCAAUUUCCUAAUGGAGCAUCAAUGCUUUUCCGCUUUGAAAGAUUUGGAUCUGACAGGAAAUGAUUUUGCUACUCUCCCGCCAAGCAUUUGCCUGCUUCAUAACUUGAGGAGCCUCAAAUUAUCGAAGUGCAAGAAUAUUCGAGAAAUUCCAGAGCUUCCACUGAAAAUUAAGAGAGUAGAAGCAAGAGAUUGUGAAUCACUUGAAAGAUUUUCACAAUUAGCAAGGGUAUUUGAAUCUAAUAAACAAGAAAAGCCAAACAGACUCCAUGAUAUUGACUUCUCCAACUGUCAUAAACUUGCUAAAAAUGAAGGCAAUUUUUUGGACAAUGCAUUACGGAGUAAGAAAUUUCGUCAGGACCUUCGAAUUGAAAUAUUUCUCCCUGGAAGUGAGAUUCCAGAGUGGUUCCGCACUAGUGAAGGAAACUCAUUGUCUUUCCAAGUACCUUCAAAUAAGUGUGAGAAAAUCAGAGCAUUGGUUCUUUGUGCCAUUUUAAGUUUGAAGGAUGGAGAGACAGCAAAUAUAUCACGUGAAGUUCUCAUCAAUGGUCUAAACGUGAUAAUGUUUUCAAGACAGUUCUUUUCAUUAGAGUCGGAUCAUGUGUGGUUAUACUAUCUCCCACGUCGACUUAUUAAGGGUUUGCCUGUGAAGCAGAAUGGUGUAGUUCACUUUGAAGUUUCAUUCAAAUUUCUAGGAGCAUCAAUGGGUUCUAUCCUGAAGAAGUGUGGAGCCUAUCUGGUUUGCAAGCGGGAUGGAGUAGUGGAAGAUCCAAGUGUUACUCGAUCCUUAAGUUGUCAAAAGGAAUCGCUUUCAGUAGAUCUCAAAAGAAGCUGGUGUGAGAACGAGUUGGAACACAAUUUUCACUCAAUGAUGAAGAAGAAUAGGACAUCUGAAGAGUCUCCAAUGGCUCGAAACUGCCCUGCACAAACAACUGGGCAUACGAUGAACAAUCCAACGUGCUCUAAAAAUGUAGAGGAUCAAGUUAACCUUGCACUGGAAAGCAACAUUGAUCAGCCAAGAAGUACCUCUCAGUCACAGCACCUGGACACAUAAUUUCAUCGGUUCCCACAAAGGAGUAGAACAAGCGAGGAGCAUAUAAUGACUUUCAACGCUCAUCAUAAGUAGUCUCAGCUUCCACCUUAGCUAUUUCUUCUAUAACCAAUAUCUUCAGCACUUCAAACAGAUUGACUGGGCACAAAUGCUUCCAAGAAUAACACUUCAGCUGCUUUCUGUCCAUCGUAGAAUCACUUUUAUGUGAUUCAGUUGUUUAGGUUGGAUGCUUUAUGAGUUGCUGCUGUCAUUUUCUGAAGGGCCUGUGAUAUCGGGCUUUUACUAUAACAAUUUGCUACACUCCAAUCGCUAGCCACAAGCUCUCGAUCGCUGCCGCAAUUAGUAAACCAAAGUGUUUCGAAGUUUUAACUCUUAAUUUGUUGUAAGGGAUUUGAUUUUGUUGUUAUGUUCAAAUUAUUGCAAGUGUGCUGAGCGACCUAUUAAAGUACUAUGGCAUUCAAGCCAGAGCAUUCCUGUUGGGUGCUUUUUUGGAGAGCAAAACAUCCUUUAUCCAAUCA